GCUUACUGCAGCCGGAUGAUUAAGACAGCUGAUGAAGGGGGGGCAGAUUGAUUAAUCGAAAUUAAUUUGCAUUAACCGAUGGAGGGCCAAAUGAUUGAUUGAUUGACUGUUGAUGGUGUCGUGGACGAGAAUUACUAGUGUGAACAGAUAAAACUAGUAGUUGGUUUUGAAGGGAGAGGAGAGAAAGAGGGAGAGUGGAAGGACGGGUGAUGGUGUCGCUGUUCUGUUUGUAAGAUGCGGGUAAACCAGAAAGAACAAGUGGAGCAUCGAUGGUUUACUGCUGCAUCCCCCCCAUGCCUCAUAUACUUCCCCAAGAACUACGUACUUUCUCCUCCUUCACCUUCUGACCAAAGGACAAAGUUGUAUACUGUCCGACCAGCUUUGCGACCGGGCUUCGAGUGUCUCAUGGUUCUUGACUUGACUCUGUGGCUUUCUCUCCAUAUCACGGUUACCUUUCCUAGACCUGGUCUGAGAGGCGUAUGCUCCCUAGGCAUCAAGGAAUGUACCCAUACGCCAAGGUCAAAACCAACGCCCGUCGUGGCAUUCCGCCCUGUCAGUCGUCGUUGCAAGGGACGCAACUCACUCUCUGAGUGGCUUGCUCCUUUCCAUGGAUCCCAAGUCGGUCCGAAUCUCGAUGUCCAUGUGGCCUGCAUUCAAGGAAAAGAGAGUAUCACGGUGCAGGGACUCACCAGACCUGAUCAUCUUGGAUCCAAAACACUGCUUAUUCGACAACCUUAUUGGGGGGUGACCAACCCCGGAGACUAAUGCCCUGCACAAAGGGCCCAGCACUAAAAUAACUUGAAACCAGUGCUGGUCUGCAGAUCGGAUGCUACGAACAAUCCGGUUGAUGCGGGGAUGACACAAAAUCAUCACCUUGACAACCCUCUA